UAUUUCUUUGGAUAUAUAAAGGUGGACCAGAGCUCUAAAACUUUGUAUAAGCUCAUGCUCAUUAUUACUCUGAGAAGUGCCGUGUAAUUCCUCGGCCACUCCUUUCUCUCUUUACUCGUUCAGAAAAAUAUCUUCUUGGCUCUCGCCGCUGAUUCAGCUGCCGCCGACAAAGGAAUAUGGAAGAAAAAGAUGUGUAUACGCAAGAUGGAACGGUCGAUAUUCACAAAAAUCCUGCAAACAAGGAGAAAACUGGAAAUUGGAAAGCUUGCCGCUUCAUUCUCGGCAAUGAGUGCUGUGAGAGAUUGGCUUACUAUGGCAUGGGCACUAACCUUGUGAAUUACCUUGAGAGUCGUUUGAAUCAAGGCAAUGCUACAGCUGCAAAUAACGUCACGAAUUGGUCUGGAACAUGUUAUAUAACUCCUUUGAUUGGAGCCUUUAUAGCUGAUGCUUACCUUGGACGAUAUUGGACUAUUGCAACCUUUGUUUUCAUCUAUGUCUCCGGUAUGACUCUUUUGACAUUAUCAGCUUCAGUUCCUGGACUUAAACCAGGUAACUGCAAUGCGGAUACUUGUCAUCCGAAUUCGGGUCAGACGGCUGUUUUCUUUGUUGCCCUUUAUAUGAUUGCGCUUGGUACUGGCGGUAUAAAGCCGUGUGUUUCGUCCUUUGGAGCGGAUCAGUUUGAUGAGAAUGAUGAGGCUGAGAAGAUCAAGAAAAGUUCUUUCUUCAACUGGUUUUACUUCUCCAUUAAUGUUGGAGCUCUCAUUGCUGCAACUGUUCUUGUCUGGAUACAAAUGAACGUUGGUUGGGGGUGGGGUUUCGGUGUUCCAACAGUCGCGAUGGUUAUCGCGGUUUGCUUUUUCUUCUUGGGAAGCCGUUUUUACAGGCUUCAGAGACCUGGAGGGAGUCCGCUUACUCGGAUCUUUCAGGUCAUAGUUGCGGCUUUUCGGAAGAUGCGUGUUAAGGUUCCAGAGGACAAGUCUCUGCUCUUUGAAACCGCAGAUGAUGAGAGUAACAUCAAAGGUAGCCGGAAACUCGUGCACACAGAUAACUUAAAGUUUUUCGACAAGGCAGCGGUUGAGAUUCAAUCCGAUAGCAUCAAAGACGGGGAAGUGAAUCCGUGGAGACUAUGUUCUGUUACUCAAGUUGAAGAACUUAAGUCCAUAAUCUCACUUCUUCCAGUUUGGGCCACUGGAAUAGUCUUCGCCACAGUGUACAGCCAAAUGAACACAAUGUUUGUCUUACAAGGAAACACAAUGGACCAACACAUGGGGAAAAACUUUGAAAUCCCAUCAGCUUCACUUUCACUUUUCGACACGGUAAGUGUACUCUUCUGGACUCCCGUCUAUGAUCAGUUCAUUAUCCCGUUGGCAAGAAAGUUCACACGCAAUGAACGAGGCUUCACUCAGCUUCAACGUAUGGGUAUAGGUCUUGUGGUCUCCAUCUUUGCCAUGAUCACUGCAGGAGUCUUAGAGGUUGUCAGGCUUGAUUAUGUCAAAAGUCACAAUGCAUAUGACCAAAAACAGAUCCCAAUGUCGAUAUUUUGGCAAAUCCCGCAGUAUUUACUUAUUGGUUGUGCAGAAGUUUUCACCUUUAUAGGUCAGCUUGAGUUUUUCUAUGAUCAGGCUCCUGAUGCCAUGAGAAGUCUCUGCUCUGCUUUGUCAUUGACCACGGUUGCGUUGGGGAACUACUUAAGCACAGUUCUUGUGACGGUUGUGAUGAAAAUAACGAAGAAGAACGGUAAACCGGGUUGGAUACCGGAUAACUUGAACAGAGGCCAUCUUGAUUACUUUUUCUACUUGUUGGAAACUCUCAGUUUCCUCAACUUCUUAGUGUACCUUUGGAUUUCAAAACGCUACAAAUACAAGAAAGCUGUGGGUCGAGCACAUUGAUGAAGAAACUGGUGUCAAAGAGAUUUGGAGUUAAAAAUGCUUGUUUAGCUUUGGUUUGAUAAGUGUUUUGCUUGUAAAUGUUUAUAUAUGUGGUCUAGUUGUUGUUGGUGAUUUAGGUUUGUUUUGGUUUUGCUUAUGUAUUUCUGAAUACUUCCACUUAUAUGUGAAAUGCUUACUUGAUUAAGAAAAAGACUGGGACUUAUUCCGAUGAA